GUCGGUCGGCCGGCCGGCGAUGGGAGCGGCGUUCCGGAGCGAGCCGGUGCGGCUGGCGCAGCUGUUCCUGCAGGCGGGCACCGCCUACCCCUGCCUCAGCGCCCUCGGGGAGAAGGCGCUCGUCCACUUCAGAGACCUCAAUCAAAACGUAAGUGCAUUUCAGAGAAAAUUUGUUGGUGAAGUGAAGAGGUGUGAGGAACUGGAACGAAUAUUGGCAUUUUUAGUGCAAGAAAUUAAAAGAGCCGACAUUCCCCUUCCUGAGGGAGACACGAGCCCUCCGGCCCCACCUCUCAAGCAAGUUUUAGAAAUGCAGGAACAGUUACAGAAACUGGAAGUCGAGAUGAGAGAAGUGACUAAGAACAAGGAAAAACUAAGGAAAAACCUGCUUGAACUAAUAGAAUACACCCACAUGCUGAGGGUGACCAAAACGUUUGUUAAACGAAAUGCUGAGUUUGAAGCCUCUUUACAACCCAGUUAUGAAGAAUUUCCUUCUUUAGACAAGGACUCCUUGGACUAUAACUGCAUGCAGCGACUAGGUGCCAAACUGGGGUUCGUAUCGGGCUUAGUUCAUCGAGCAAGAGUUGAAGCGUUUGAAAGAAUGCUGUGGAGGGUCUGCAAAGGUUACACUAUUGUCACCUAUGCAGAGCUAGACGAAUGCCUUGAAGAUCCUGAAACUGGAGAAGUCACGAAAUGGUAUGUGUUUUUAAUAUCCUUUUGGGGUGACCAGAUUGGCCAGAAGGUUAAGAAGAUAUGUGAUUGUUAUCACUGCCACGUGUACCCAUAUCCCAGUACCGCUGAGGAACGGAGGGAAGUUAACGAGGGACUAAAUACGCGCAUUCAAGAUCUUUACACUGUGCUGCACAAAACCGAAGAUUAUUUAAGGCAAGUGUUGUGUAAAGCCGCAGAGUCCAUCUAUACGUGGGUGAUCCAAGUGAAGAAGAUGAAAGCCAUUUAUCACAUGCUCAACAUGUGUAGUUUUGACGUCACGAACAAGUGUCUCAUUGCGGAGGUGUGGUGCCCAGAGGCGGAUCUGCACAGUUUGAGGCGGGCGCUGGAGGAGGGAUCGCGAGAGAGCGGAGCUACAAUUCCUUCAUUCAUGAACACAAUCCCAACGACCGAAACGCCUCCGACUCUAAUCCGCACCAACAAAUUCACUGAAGGAUUCCAGAACAUUGUGGAUGCUUAUGGAAUCGCGAACUACGGAGAAGUUAACCCAGCUCUCUACACCAUUAUCACAUUUCCUUUUUUGUUUGCGGUGAUGUUUGGAGACUUUGGACAUGGCCUUUUGAUGUUCAUUUUUGCUUUCCUGAUGGUGUUGUAUGAAAAUCAUCCUAGAUUGAAGCAAUCACAAGAUGAGAUCAUGAAGAUGUUUUUUGAAGGACGUUAUGUCAUUAUGCUGAUGGGACUUUUCUCAGUAUAUACGGGCCUCAUUUACAAUGAUUGCUUUUCAAAAUCAGUAAACAUAUUUGGCUCAAAGUGGAACGUUUCGGCAAUGUACGUACCUGCUAAUGCUGCAGAAGGAGUUAAUCAAUCUGGUCUCUGGACUGAAAAUGAUGUGGCCUCUAACCCGUUUCUACAGUUGAAUCCAGCCAUUUCUGGAGUGUUCAUGGGUCCUUACCCUUUUGGGGUAGAUCCGAUUUGGAAUUUGGCCACCAAUCGCCUCACUUUCCUAAACUCUUUCAAAAUGAAAAUGUCUGUGAUUUUGGGCGUCGCUCACAUGAUUUUUGGAGUUGUUUUGGGAAUCUUCAACCACUUGCAUUUCAAGAAGAAGUACAAUAUCUAUCUGGUUUGCAUCCCUGAACUCCUCUUCAUGCUCUGUAUCUUUGGAUACCUUAUAUUUAUGAUUCUGUAUAAAUGGCUUGCCUAUUCAGCAGAAAACUCCCGGACUGCUCCAAGCGUUCUGAUUGAAUUCAUUAAUAUGUUCCUAUUUCCAAUGAGUGGAUCGAGUGAGCUUUAUCCAGGGCAGGGUCAUUUUCAGCGGUUCUUGCUCCUUAUCGCAGUAUUUUCGGUACCCGUGUUAUUCUUGGGAAAACCACUUUACCUGCUGUGGCUGCACAAUGGAGGACGUUUCUUUGGAUCCUUCAGACGUGGUUAUACCUUAGUAAGAAAAGACAGUGAGGAAGAAAUUUCUUUGUUGAGAGCUCAUAACAUGGAAGAGGGAAACCUCCAGUUGGAGAGCGAUGGACCCAGAGAAAGAGAUGUAGAGGAGUUCAACUUUGGAGAAAUUUUUAUGACUCAAGCCAUUCAUUCCAUUGAGUACUGCUUAGGAUGCGUCUCCAACACGGCAUCGUAUCUGAGACUUUGGGCCCUCAGUUUGGCUCAUGCACAGUUAUCAGAAGUGCUGUGGGAGAUGAUCAUGCGAGUGGGACUCCGUGUGGACAGAACCUAUGGGGUCGUAUUGCUGGUUCCUGUUUUAGCCUUCUUCGCCGUUCUGACGGUAUUCAUUCUUUUACUCAUGGAAGGACUUUCUGCAUUUCUGCAUGCCAUACGGCUGCAUUGGGUGGAGUUUCAGAACAAGUUCUAUGUCGGUGCAGGCAACAAGUUUAUUCCUUUCUCUUUUAAGCUGAUUUCCUUACAUUUUAAUAAAGUUGACAUGGCCUGAUUGGCCGCUGACACCAUAAGCUUUUAGGGAUAUGGAGCCUUACGUUGUUGAAUCUCACCUAGAAUUUGUGGUAUAAAAAGCUUCUCUUCCCCCCCACUGAUAACAGCCAAAUAAUUCUAUGGGAUUUACCUCUCUCUCAAACACAUUCAUUGGCUACUGGGAUAUUUUGUAACCCAAGUUGCAAAUUUUGUUACUUUCGUGGUGAACAAAAUGUAAAUUAGAGUUGUUUUGUGUUUAUUUCUAAAACAGACGUCUGUCGUAAUUGUCAGUAACAUUAAGUUUUUCGUUCCACAAAGUAUGUACAAAUUUCCUCAUCUACUCUCUUAACUGACAUAAUUGAUCAGACACCUUAAUUUUGGAGCAGUUAAAAUUAAGAUGUAUUUUCCUUUAAGUACUUAUAGUAAUGGAUGGCGAAAAUAUUACAUUUAUAAAACGUGCUGCCUUUUGCCAGUUGCGAUGACUGUAGUAUUAUUAAUAAACAUAUAUUUUUUUACAUUAUGGGGCUAAAAGGAGAUAAAGUAGCAACAGAUUUCAUUGUUGAAAGUGUUUUUUUUAAUGUUUUAGUUUUUAAGGAUCUGACCCAGUUGUCUUUCUCAAAAACCCUAUAAAUAGCUGAAGAGUGAGAAUAAACUAGAGGGUGGGGUUCCAGAGAGAAACAGAAUCAAUUUAAGGAAUUAUGCACGUCAUUUUAUUGCGGUGACCAGUUUACCUGACGUUGAACCAAAGGCUUUGAAACUGAAUGAAGGAAAUGGUAUAAAGUUGAUUUUGUAUAUUUUUAUAAUAAAGUUUAAAUUAAAAUAUUUUACCAUAAAUUGACAUUUUGUGUCGCGAGAACAGCGUAAGCAAUUUUACACGUUCUCUUUUAUUAUGCUUAAUUCUAAGUAAAGGUCAAAGUACCGUAUUUAGAGGUAAUAUUUUAAAUUGACUUUUUUCAAGAUAGCCAUUAAUUUAAAACGAACUUUCAUCGUUAAGAUACUAAUUUAUGGUCUUCCCUAUAAAUUUAGACCCGUUUAUCCAACUAAAAUUUAAUUUCCCCAACUGCUGAUUUCAAACCUAUUUUGUAUUAACGUGUUGUGUGAUUUUUUUAAUUUUGUUUUUCAAUUCGUUUUCAGUGUUUUAGAUGCCUUUCAAAAUGAAACAAGUCAGGACAUAUUUCCAUCUGCUUAAAAUUUAAAUUUUUUUGGUUUUCUUAGCAAAUGAUGUGUACUUUUGCAGUCCUUAACAUAAGCUGACACAUGUAAUAUUAUACUCCUUUAACCUGUUUUGUAGGAGAGUAGCCGUCAGUUUUAGUUCAUUACGAGAUUAAGCCAGGACUAAAUUUAAGGUCUUCAAGAGAUUAUUUUAAAAUGAGAUUUGAUAAAAGAUGUGAAUAUCGGAGAACUUAGUUUGUUGAACAGGUUUUGAGGAUCUCUUUUGGUGUGUUUCCUGUUGAUAUAGAAUGAAAAGUUUUCUAAUAAUGUGAAUCAUCUUUUCCUAUGCAGACAGAAAUGCUCAACGCAGGCUAAUUUAAAAACUUAUAAACAAGGAAUUUAAGUUC